AUGAUGGAGCCGGUGCCGGGCUCCAGGAAGAGCCUGUCGCUGUCGCUGCCGGUGCCCCGGGAGGGCCCGGGCCCCCUGCGCCCCCCGCAGCACCUCUGGCGCCAGCCCCGCACCCCGAUCCGCAUCCGCCACCGCGGCUUCUCCGACACCGACCGGCACCGGCCCCGGCCCAUGGAGCGGGCGGAUGCCGUGGACACCGGGGACCGGCCCGGGCUGCGCAGUGCCCGCAUGUCCUGGCCCUCCUCCCUCCAUGGGACCCCCGGCAAGCGCUCAGAGGUGGAGAAUGGCCCGUGGGGAGGGGGGCAAAGCCCCCCGGACCCCCAGGCUAGCCCGGGCCGGGGGCUCCUGGCCGGGGCCCCCCCAGCUCAGCGCCGCGAGUCCUUCCUGUACCGCUCCGACAGCGACUUCGACACCUCCCCAAAAAGCAUCUCCCGUAACUCCUCCAUCGCCAGCGAGGCCCACGCCGAGGACCUGAUCGUCACCCCUUUUGCUCAGGUUCUGGCCAGUCUCCGCAGUGUCCGCAGCAACUUCUCCAUCCUGACCAAAGUCACGACCCCCCCUGGCAGCAAGAGGUCGCCCAUUGGCUCCCAGCCCCCCCUCUGCAAGGCCAUGCUCUCAGAGGAGACAUCCCAGCAGCUGGCACUGGAGACACUGGAGGAGCUGGACUGGUGUCUGGAGCAGCUGGAGACGCUGCAGACGCACCGGGCGGUCAGCGAGAUGGCAUCCAACAAGUUCAAGCGGAUGCUGAACCGGGAGCUGACGCACCUGUCGGAGAUGAGCCGCUCCGGGAACCAGGUGUCGGAGUACAUCGCCAGCACCUUCCUGGAUAAGCAGCCCGAGGUGGAGAUCCCGAGCCCCGGCCCCACCGAGCGGGAGAAGAAACGGCGACCACCCCUCGGGGGGGGCGUGGGGGGGGUGAAAUCGCUGCCCCCCGGCUGCUGUGACCCCUCCCCCGGCUGCGACCCCUCCCCCGGCUGCGACCCCCCCGUCCCCCUGCCCCGCUUCGGCGUCGAGACCGACCGGGAGGAGCAGCUGGGAAAGGAGCUGGACAGCCUCAACAAGUGGGGGCUGAACAUUUUCCGCGUCUCCGAGUUCUCCAACAACCGUUCCUUGAGCUGCAUCAUGUUCACCAUCUUCCAGGAGCGGGACCUGGUGCGCACCUUUGGGAUUCCAGAGCGGGCCCUGCUGGGCUAUGCUGGGGCUCUGGAGCAGCACUACCACCCCGACGUGGCUUACCACAACAGCCUGCAUGCUGCAGACGUGCUGCAGUCCACACACGUGCUGCUGGCCACCCCUGCCCUGGACGCCGUGUUCACCGACCUGGAGGUCCUGGCCGCUCUUUUCGCCGCCGCCAUCCACGACGUCGAUCACCCCGGGGUGUCCAACCAGUUCCUCAUCAACACCAACUCGGAGCUGGCUCUUCUCUACAACGAUGAGUCUGUCCUGGAGAAUCAUCACCUGGCCGUGGGCUUCAAGCUGCUGCAGGAGCGCGACUGCGACAUCUUCCAGAACCUGUCCCGACGGCAGCGCCAGGCGCUGCGCCAGAUGGUCAUCGACAUGGUCCUGGCCACGGACAUGUCCAAGCACAUGAGUCUCCUGGCUGACCUCAAAACCAUGGUGGAGACCAAGAAGGUGACGAGUUCGGGGGUCCUGCUGCUGGACAACUACACUGACCGCAUCCAGGUGCUGCGGAACAUGGUGCACUGCGCUGACCUGAGUAACCCCACGAAGCCGCUGGGGCUGUACCGGCAGUGGACGGAGCGGAUCAUGGAGGAGUUCUUCCGGCAGGGAGACCGGGAACGGGAACGGGGGAUGGAGAUCAGCCCCAUGUGUGACAAACACAGCGCCUCGGUGGAGAAAUCACAGGUGGGUUUCAUUGACUACGUGGUGCAGCCUCUCUGGGAGACCUGGGCUGACCUGGUGCACCCGGACGCGCGGGAGAUGCUGGAGACGCUGCAGCACAACCGCGAGUGGUUCCGGCUCCGCGUCCCCCGCAGCCCCGAGCCGCCCCCCGAGCCCCCCCCCGCGCCCCCCAAAUUCCGCUUCCAGCCCCCCCUGAGCGAGGAGGCCGAGGGGGAGGGGCGGGACCCCCCCCCCGGAUUCACCCGGGACCCCCCCGGGGAGACCCCCCGAGGAUGGGGAGGGCGGCUCCAAUAA